GAUGACGAACCCAACCGACCAAAUGCACAGACAUAUCAGGAAAUAAUACAAAAACCAGCGAUCGAUCAAAAGGAUGAUUGGCUCAACACAGGCCUAAGUGCCAGAAAAAAUAGAUCAACGACUGAGUCGUCAAAAUCAGCGACAGAUCCCAUCGAAAGAAAUGAUGACAACUCGUGGACGACAAUCAGAAAAAGAGCCGAAGAAUCAAAACUUAAAAUUCAAGACCAAAAAGAGGAUAAAACACAACAAAAUGAUAAUAAAAUAGCUGUGAAUACAGUGGCACCGAAAGUAGAGCCAGACUUGACACCAACUGCAUCAAGCGAUAAAAUGCAGAAUUUGGCAAAUAUUGAGGCAUUGGAUGAGACGUUGGAUACAAGUAUUAGUUAUGUGAACACGUCCUCAGUUAUGCUCCUUAAGACUCAAAUUAUUGAAUGGAAU